AUGGGGAGAGAAGGUGUUCUGGAGGAUGGAAAGUCAGCUCAGACAAGUAUGGCUGCAGCAUCAGCCACAGCUGGAUUGCUGAACACCGAGAAGAGAAGCAACAGUGGUGCUCAGUGUUCAUUCCCCAUGGUCCAUGGCACGGGAGCUACAACACAGAGGCAGAAUGGCUUCAAAGCAGCAGAGAGUAAAUGGGACACACAGAAAAUGUCUGCAAAAGAAGUCACUAUUAAUGUUACAAAAAGCAUCAGACAAAGUGACAGAAGGAAAACAAAGAAAUGUGUCAAUUAA